AUGUUCAAACCCCUCGCAUUGAUCGCUCUCGCAGCAAUCGGCCCCAGCGCAUUAUGUGCCCCUAUCACCGGCAGGGACAUCCCAUUCGGGCAGGUCAUUACCACAUGCACCACCCCCAACACCAUUGCGUUGACCUUCGAUGAUGGCCCAUCAUCAUACACCCCUCAACUGCUCGACCUUCUCAGCGAAUACAAAGUCCGAGCUACCUUUUUCGUCCUCGGCGAAGCCAGUCAGGCAAACCCCCAGAUUAUCCAGCGCAUAAGACAGGAGGGACAUCAAGUUGGCUCUCAUACCUACGACCACACCAGCCUCCCCACACUAAGCUACGACCAAAUCGCCCAAGAAAUGACCAGUCUUGAGUCCGUGCUCCAAAGCUCCAUGGGCGAUAUUCCAACUUACAUGCGUCCCCCUUACUUCGACGUCAACGACUUGACCCUCCAGGUUAUGAAGGAUCUCGGCUACCAUGUUAUCACAGCCAGUAUUGACACUAAGGACUAUAACCACAAUAGCCCUGAACUGAUCAGUCAGAGUUAUGACAAGUUCGUCACUGAACUCGACAAUGGUGGUAAUCUUUGCUUGGCCCAUGAUACCAAGGAACAGACGGUGGUUACCCUGGCGAAGAUGAUGCUGGAUGAGACGAAGUCGAGAGGUUUGACCGUUACUACUGUUGGUGAUUGCCUCGGUGACCCAGAGGCGUCGUGGUACCGUUCCAGCCGAUAGAGGUUUAGGUUUCAUGGCGUGACUAGUUCAGUCCCUGAGUCGAAUGCGAGUGCGAAUGCGAGUGCUUCCGGUUAUGGCUGGCGAGGAUGGGUCUUGGUAGCUGUGGUGGUGUAUGUUUCAGGGCUGUGGCUAUCGGAGCUUUUCUCCUUCAGAUCUUGAUCAUUGGUACUUGGGUGCCGCUAGACCAUGGAGGUUAGAUAGCUUGUCGAUGGGAUGAGUUUCAAGAGGCUAAGCUUGGUUUUUGAUGGUUGUGUAUUGCG